CCGAGCGACGGUGCAGUUAUGGCGAAAUAAACCGAUAAACCAGGCGAAUAACCCGCUCCAGAGACCCGCUGCUGCUGCCCGGACCGCCCGAGGCCUGAUCUGCCGAUGUGAGAUCGCCGUUUCCCGCAGAAAGAGUGAUGAUGACCGCGGAGCUGCUGCUGUCGGAGCCGGACAGCCGCUUCUGCGCCGAUAACCUGCUGACCAGCGAGGACUGGGGAGAUCUGUCCAUCUUGAGGGAUGAAGCAACUGUAACUCAGCCUCUGCCGGUGGACAUGUUUUUCCAGGUGAAGACAGAGCCUCCAUCACCAGCCUCAUCUCUGACCUCUGACAGCUCCAUACCGACUGUGUGUGAAUCGCAGGU